AUGCUAGAACAGUACGCUGUAGCUCGGCAUGAAGGAGGGCGGAGUUGGCAAGCAGGCAAGCAGGCAGGAAAAGAACCUGACAUGGACCCUGAAGCCAUGAUGCUCCCUGAGGCCGAUCUUGAUAUGAUGAUCAACGCCUUUUCUGCUGUUCCCCUCGACCUUGAUGCACAUAAAGAUGCAGAAAAUCAUCAGCAUACGUUACCGCAUAUGGAAGGGAAAGGUAUGGAGGGCGGGAGGUAG